AUGGGAGAAACUUUUACUGGAGAGCAACCGAAAACACAUGCAGAACAUCACUUCCAAUCGGAACCAGAAUCGAGCAAUGCACGACGUUCGAUGAGCGAAAGUAACCUCAAGCUUCAUGACACUGUGCCAUUAGAAGUAAAGACGGCUGAUCUUGCAAACCAUCUUUCUGAAGGUAAACCGCUGUUAAACGUGCUGGGCGGUGAUUCUUCUGGAUCGAAAGCUGAACCACCUGUAACAAAAAGGCAGUGCCGUGAAACCGAACAGACCGGAAACAAUGAUUACGACGAGGACAGCGAUGAUGACGGUGAAGGGGAAGCUAAGCUGUUGAACGAUUUUUCCAUCAUGGAAUAUUUCGAACCAUACCGUAUUGAAGCUGUGAAUUUCGAGUCCGACUGUGAAGAUGCACCAGAAUGCCCUACCGUUGAUUCUGAUGCAGAGAAUGCUGUUCCGAGAUCGAUUCCGGGCAACGAUUUGGGAUUCAAGGAGCUGAAUGACAGUAACAUCGUCAAGAAAAGAAAAUGUACUGCAAGCUACAAUACUGUGAAAAACAAGGUGCUUAAGGUAAAGGGUGAGGAGUAUACUCGGUUCAACGGAAAAAAAGUUCCUGCUCGAGCUCGAAGAGUUAAACCAGCCUGUUUUUGCGCGAAACGCCAGUGCCACACGAAGGUCACUCAAGAGAUACGAGAGAAAGUUUUGAAAAAUUUUCUGAUGUUAACAUCUUCCGCGCAAAAUCAGUUUUUAUCGAACCAUAUGACGAUUUCUCCGGUCAAGUAUCACCGAGUUUUCAAUUCUAAACGAACAUUUUCGCACAAGUAUUUUCUCCCCGCCAUCGGAGGAAAUAUUCUGGUUUGCAAAGGUAUGUUCUGCGCUACAUUCGACGUUACAAACAAAAAAAUGAGGGUUCUGGCGACCAAAAAGGGCAAAAAAUCCGGCAUAAGUCUUGAUGAUGGACGGAUGACAAAUUCCUCGCAUAAUCGCCAAAGCGAUGAGGACAAAAAGAGAGUUGAAGAUCAUAUCAAAUCUUUUCCACUUCACACCUCCCACUAUGGUCGCGCCAAAUCUGACAAAUUGUAUUUGUCCAGUGACUUGAAUGUCACUAUAGUAUAUGACUUGUACGUACAGAAGUGUACGAAAGAGAACUAUCCGACCGUUCAUUAUAAUACGUUCCGGAAGAUUUUCAAAACUUUCAAUAUCAGUUUUCGAAGUCCGCAAGUGGAUACAUGUGGCGAAUGUGAUAAGCUUCAUGUGCUUAUCAAACAAAGUGCAGAUAACGAAAAACAAUCCUUUAUUUCGAUUCUCAAAGCACUCAAGCGAAAGGCCAGGAGGUGUAUGACAGGAAAAAUCAGGACGUACUUACAGCGAAGACCGACAAAACAGUCUGUACUGCAUCAUUUGAUCUCCAGAAGUGCUUGCCAACUCCGCAUUUGUUAUGUGGUCAAGCAUAUUACAGCCGACAGUUGUAUACUUUGA